AUGUCUUUCACAGCAGGAGGUUUACGUCAGUCUGUCCUCAAGGAUUUCGGAAAGGUCUUCUCUCUGUUACCAGGGCAAAAGAUUCUGCUUGUGGAUGCACAGCUGUUGAGAGCAAUCGAUCGUGUGGCCAGUAUGUCUGUUUUGAGACACUUAUCGGUUUCCAAGGUGUUCAAAAUUGCUGAAAGUCCUCCAAAGGCAGACUAUGAAAGGAUUGCUUAUAUGAUCCCACCGGAGUUUAGCUCAUGUUUAUCGGUAAUUAAACAUUGUGAAGUGGAUCAGUCGAAAAACAUCAAACGAACAAGAUUGAUAAUAUUUGUCCCUAAAGAGACUGUAGCAAUGACGUAUCUUUUAGAAUCUCGAGGUUUUCUCGGUCAGCAUUUAUGUACUGCAAGUUUAUCACUCAGUUGGAUUCAAUUAGAUACAGAUUUAUUAACAUUGAAUAUGCCUACACUAUUUCCAGAUUUCUAUUUAUAUAAGGACUAUUGUUGGCCUCAUCACAUGGGUAUGGAGUUGGGACGUUUGCUGAAAUUAACAAGCGAAAAUGAUUUAGCUCCUAUGGGUUGUCGAAUUCAUGCUUUCGGAGAGGCGUCCCGUGUUGUUGCUGCUGGUAUUCGUUUAUAUUGUAUUCAAUCGGGUCUGGUCAAUAUGGUUAGGAAAGCUUCGAAUACUGAUUAUUCCCAGUCAAAUUAUCGAAAUAAUGUGUCAGUUCUUGAUGAAGGGAGUUUAACUUCUACCAAUUCACGAUCAUCAUCAUCUACGUCAUUGCCAACUUCUGCACGUCCACCACCUUUGGUGCUUAUAUUCAGUCGUGAUCUGGAUUAUAUAACGCCCCUUUUAGUUCCUAUGACAUUUGAAGCUUUGAUCCACGAAGUUAUUGGAAUAGAACUAGGUCAAGUUGAAUUACCUCCAGAAUGUGCUGAUGAUUCAACACCACAAAAACAAAUUCUUGACAGUGCAAAACUACACUACUAUAAAGAUAUUAGAGAUGUUCAUAUAUCUCGUGUUCAUUCAUUACUUCUGGAUUGGCGUGGUAAACUUCAAGAUUCACGAGGUGAUCUAGAAAUGCAAUUGGUUAGUCAUAAACCUCAUAGUCAACAGAAACAAUAUUCUAGCUCGAAUUUAAAUCAAAAUAUUAGUAGUACUAAUCAUACUCAUAAUUUACGGAAUAUUAGUACACGUCUAGGUCCAUUAUUGGCUAAACGACGUGAAUUGUCAUUUUUGUUAGCAUGUUUAGAACAAGUAUUAUGUACAAUGACACGUAAAGAACGUGUGGAAGAUCUACGAACUGCACAAAGUUUAUUAUUACAAUCCGGUAGUGGUGGAACUCUAGCAGUUGGUCAAGUUGGUAUUCCUUCUAUUGAUAAUGAUAGUGACUCUGAUAUUUCUGAUCGUAAACGGAAAUUUCCUCCAGUUUCAAUUGGUGGUUCGUGUGGCAAUUUAUCGGAUGAUUUAAAUUCUUUACCUAUGCGUUUAGCUAUCGAAUGGUUGACUACACACCAUGGUGAUCACUUAAUUGAUGGGCUUCGUUUGAUUGCACUGAACUGUGUUUUACAUGAUGGCUUAGGUGAUGAAUUGUACGAGGUAAUGAGACGUGCUGUAAUGCAUGCUGCUGGUCAAAUCACCUUUCCUAUGCUUGAAGCAUUAUGCUCACUUGGGUUAUUGUGUCCUCGUUCAAAAUUCCCAGAAGUAUCAUCUACAAAGACGUCUAUUGUGAACAAUCAUUUCAUUGACCCACAAUCAAGCAUGUUUUUGGUUCAAACAGAUGAUUCAACAAAAAAAUCCACUCAUGCACUAUCUCGUACUGUUGCUAAGCUAAAAUUAACACAACAACAAAAAUCUCGUUACAAUUAUUUACAUCAUCUAUUACAAUUGAGCAAUUGGAAACAGGCUAAUCGACAUGUUGAUCGUACAAUAGUUUCACCUACAUAUGUUUAUUCUGGUCAACAUUGUCCGUUAGUUGUUCGACUUUUAGAGUCUAUUUGGUCAGCCAGUCUCUUAGAUUCCAAAUUUCAGUCUGUUAAAUCAGAUUCUUCUGCUAAUGAACAAAAUCAUUCAGACUUUGAAAUAAUUUCUCAGCCACAAUUGAUUGAAGCACUUAAACGAAUGGGUUUCUCAUCUGAAGUUGCUUCAAACCUCGGCCUUGUUAAUCUCUGUGAUCCAACAUUAACAGCUGCAGGAUAUCACAAUGACAUAGUUAUCAAGAGAAAUCGUCUAAACGCCCCAGCUGCACAUCCUUUACCUAUUGUAAGCAUUGAUCAACCCAUAGUUGUAGCAUUUCCAGGUGGUUGUACGUAUGGUGAAGUUGCAGCUCUUAGAUUUGUUGCUAGACGGAGAAGAUGGAAUCUACUUAUUGCUACAUCAUGUAUGCUUACAUCACGAGACUUGUUACAACAAGCUGGGCAAGCAGCCAUGAACGUGAACUCGCUAUAA